UGUAGAGGAAGGGGCGUGAAUUACACUAGCUGUCAAUUCGCCAGCGUGCAAACCCAAAAAAACAGGAACCCCAUUUAGGAACAUUUUUAUUCACAUUUGGUAUAUUGUGACAAUUUGAACGUUUCCUCAUAGUAGGCUUUGUGGAUCGGGGAAUGGCAACUGAGGUGAAUGGCAGUUCAGCUCCGGAUAAAGAGGAAGAGGAGCCCAUGGACAUAACUGUAACACACACAGAGAACUACCAGACACUCAUAGACGCAGGCCUUCCACAGAAAGUGGCAGAGAGCCUGGAUAAUAUAUUUCAGACUGGACUGGUGGCUUACACUGACCUGGACGAGAGAGCCAUUGACGCCCUCAGGGAGUUCAAUGAGGAGGGAGCCCUGUCAGUGUUACUGCAGUUCAAGGAGAGUGACCUGUCACAUGUGCAGAACAAAAGUGCAUUUCUCUGUGGUGUGAUGAAGACAUACAGACAGCGAGAAAAGCAAGGAAGUAAAGUUCAAGAAUCCACAAAGGGUCCUGAUGAGACUAAGAUAAAGGCUCUUCUGGAAAGAACAGGUUACACUUUGGAUGUCACCACAGGACAGAGGAAGUAUGGGGGGCCUCCACCUGACGAGGUGUACUCAGGGGCCCAGCCUGGAAUCGGAACAGAGGUAUUUGUCGGCAAGAUCCCCAGGGACCUGUAUGAGGAUGAGCUGGUCCCUCUGUUUGAGAAAGCAGGGCCCAUUUGGGACCUGCGUCUGAUGAUGGACCCCCUUCUCUCGGGUCAGAACAGAGGAUAUGCCUUCAUCACCUUCUGCAAUAAAGAUGCUGCCCUAGAGGCCGUCAAGCUUUGUGAUAAUUAUGAAAUCCGGUCAGGUAAAUACCUGGGUGUCUGCAUCUCUGUCGCAAACAAUCGGCUGUUUGUUGGGUCAAUUCCAAAGAACAAGACAAGAGAAAGCAUAUUGGAAGAUUUCAGCAAAGUCACAGAGGGCCUCAUGGAGGUAAUACUCUACCACCAGCCAGAUGACAAAAAGAAGAACCGUGGCUUCUGUUUCUUGGAAUACGAGGACCACAAGUCUGCAGCCCAGGCCCGUCGCCGCCUCAUGAGUGGCAAGGUGAAGGUGUGGGGGAACCCUGUUACUGUUGAGUGGGCAGACCCAGUAGACGAACCGGACCCAGAGAUUAUGGCAAAGGUAAAAGUGCUGUUUGUGAGGAAACUGGCCACACCAGUCACAGAGGAGCUCCUGGAGAAAACUUUCUCCCAGUUUGGGAAGUUGGAACGGGUCAAGAAGCUGAAAGACUAUGCCUUUGUGCACUUUGAGGACAGAGCUGCUGCCGUAAAGGCAAUGCAAGAAAUGAACGGCAAAGAAUUGGAAGGCGAGGAGAUAGAGAUUGUUCUGGCAAAGCCUCCGGACAAGAAGAGGAAAGAGCGGCAGGCCCAGAGACAGCCAACCAGGACCACAGGGUAUGAUGAUUACUACUACUAUCCUGCUCCACGCAUGCCACCUCCCAUGCGAGGCAGGGGGCGAGGCGGGAGAGGUGGCUAUUCAUACCCACCAGACUACUACGGUUAUGAGGACUACUACGAUGAUUACUACGGUGGUGGUUACGACUACCAUGACUACAGAGGUGGAUACGACGACCCUUACUACAGUGGUUACGAUGACGUCUACGCGCCGAGAGGAAGAGGGGGCAGGGUGAGUCGAGGUGCCCCCCCUCCCCCCAGAGGCCGAGGAGCACCACCCCCUCGUGGCAGAGGUGGCUACAUCCAAAGGGGGGCUCCUAUGGGCAUACCGAGGGGGAGCCGUGGGGGCCGGGGAGGCCCGCCCCAGCUGCAGAGGGGCCGUGGCAUCAGAGGGGCCCGGGGGAACCGCGGGGGCAAUGUGGGCGGGAAGAGGAAGGCUGACGGUUACAACCAACCGGACUCCAAGCGCCGGCAGACCAACAACCAGAACUGGGGCUCCCAACCCAUCGCCCAGCAACCCCUGCAACAAGGUGGCGACUAUUCUGGUGAAGACGCGAGAACGGCAGCGGUUGAGUGAGUGAGGAACACAUCUAUUCUCUGCUGUGUUCUUCCCCAAAGAAGGGUGAGCCUGGUUUACCUCUUCACCGCUAAACUGGCGCUACCCCUCUGCUGAGGGGCCUCAGCCCACUUCACUUGUUUUGCUCAGUAAAAUAAUACACCAGUUUGAUUACAUCAGCUAGUGUCUAAUUUUAACUUAUGUUAAAAAUGACAAUUCAUUUUCUAGUCAACACCUCUAGUAAAACUAAUUCUGGUAACAUGAAUGGGAAUUUCUGCUUAAUACUUAGAGACGUACGAGUGAACAAAGAUAAUGCAGUGAUGUGUUUACUGAGUAAAACAUGGAGAAUAGCGCUUUUCUCUUAUAAGGACUUCAGUCACCAAGCUUCCCAAAACUAGCACUGCCUUAAACAGAUAUUAGACUACCUUGCCAGAAACCAAAGAUGGGUACAGAUUAUGCAGAUUAUACUAGGUGUCACCUGUUGUUGAAAGUAAAAAAUUCACUGCAGUCCUGAACAAAAACAAAAAAGGGGCAGAUGAAAAAGGAAUAGUCUUUGUUUAUAUGCAUCAUUAGCUUGGUUGUUGAAAGUCAAAAGUUCACUGCCAUCCUGAAUAAGAAACAUAAGAGGGCAGAUGAAAAAGACUAGCCUGUGUUUACAUGUAACUUUUUUGUUUUAAUUAACCCGGAAAAAAAUAGAAUUAAAGAAAAACAUUCAACUACUUCCUGUACUCAGGACAAUCCUGUUUUAUAAACCGCUAGCAGGACAGGAAAAUUGUGUAAUUCUCACACUUAUCAAGAGAACAUUCCUGGUCAUCCCUACUGCCUC